AUGAACAUACACAGCUACGAAAAAGUUGUGGUUUCUAGUUUGGAUGGGUAAGGAACCUAGAAAUAUAAGAAAUAUUUUAAAACUAUAAAGUAUUAAGUGUUCACAUAAUUCUGUGCCCCACUCAGAGCGAAUUUUUAUGAUUAUGAGGCACAGAAUUAUAUGAACUAAAACCAGAAAGACUAAGGCUAAGGCUAAGGCUAAGGUUAAGGCUAAGGCUAAGGCUAAGGCUAGGGCUAAGGCUAAGGCUAAGGCUAAGACUAAGGCUAAGACUAAGGCUAAGGCUAGGGCUAAGGCUAGGGCUAAGGCUAAGGCUAAGGCUAAGGCUAAGGCUAAGGCUAAGGCUAAGGCUAAGGCUAAGGCUAAGACUAAGGCUAAGACUAAGGCUAAGACUAAGGCUAAGGCUAGGGCUAAGGCUAAGGCUAAGGCUAAGGCUAAGGCUAAGACCAAGACUAUCAUUCAUCUUGUCUGUUCUAUGUAUUAUAUUAACCAUGACGUCAAGACUACAAAACUACGUAUUCGCUCGCUCUUUCUUGCCAUUAUUUAA